UCCCUCUCUCUCUCGCCUUGCUUCUGGUGAUCUCUUCUUCUUGCACUUCCAGCCCUUCUUCUUUUUCUCUCCCUCUCUCUCUUAUCUCUCUUCCCCCCCCCCCCCUUCCCCCCACCUCUCUCUCUCUCUGCAGCUCUCUAUCCAGGAAUACAAUCACAAGGAUAUAUAUUACAGAUAUAUAAUAUUCCGCAUCAGCGGAAAUCAUCUCAGAUUGGGGCUUGAAUUUGCUCGUUUUGUCUGAAUUUGAGCUGGGAGGAAAGCCAAUUCGCCCUUCCAAAUGACUGUCUUGACUCCUGCCCCAAUUGAUCAAGAGGACGAGGAGAUGCUCGUCCCGCAUUCGGAUUUGGUCGAGGGUCCCCAGCCCAUGGAAGUUGUGGCACAAGGAGAGGCAGGCAAUGCUACUGAGAAUCAGCAAGUCGAGGACCCACAAUCAUCAAGGUUCACAUGGAGGAUUGAGAACUUUUCUAGGUUGAACGCAAAGAAGCUUUACUCGGAAAUUUUUGUUGUUGGUGGUUAUAAAUGGCGUAUUCUAAUUUUUCCAAAGGGAAAUAAUGUCGACCAUUUAUCCAUGUAUCUGGAUGUUGCAGAUUCAGCGACGUUACCAUAUGGGUGGAGUAGAUAUGCACAGUUUAGUUUAUCUGUAGUUAAUCAAAUUCAUAGCAAGUAUUCAAUCAGAAAAGACACACAACAUCAGUUCAAUGCCCGGGAAAGUGAUUGGGGUUUCACAUCUUUUAUGGGCCUUAGCGAUCUGUAUGAUCCUUGCAGAGGUUAUCUUCUGAACGACACAUGUAUAGUUGAAGCUGAGGUUAUUGUUCGUAGGGUUGUUGAUUACUGGGCAUAUGAUUCAAAGAAGGAAACUGGUUUUGUUGGAUUGAAGAAUCAAGGAGCAACUUGUUACAUGAACUCUCUCCUUCAGUUCCUCUAUCACAUUCCUUACUUUAGGAAGGCCGUCUAUCACAUGCCUACUACAGAGAAUGAUAUACCAUCUGCAAGCAUCCCUCUGGCUUUGCAGAGCUUAUUUUACAAACUCCAAUAUAGUGACAGCAGUGUUGCCACCAAAGAUCUUACCAAAUCCUUUGGAUGGGACACAUAUGAUUCUUUCAUGCAGCAUGACGUGCAAGAACUUAAUAGAGUUCUGUGUGAAAAGCUUGAAGACAAAAUGAAGGGAACUGUCGUGGAGGGCACUAUACAGCAAUUAUUUGAAGGACAUCAUAUGAACUACAUAGAAUGCAUCAAUGUGGACUAUAAAUCUACUAGAAAGGAGUCUUUUUAUGAUCUUCAGCUUGAUGUCAAAGGUUGCCGUGAUGUGUAUGCGUCUUUUGACAAGUAUGUGGAGGUUGAACGUCUUGAAGGUGAUAACAAAUAUCAUGCUGAGCAAUAUGGUUUGCAGGAUGCUAAAAAGGGUGUCUUGUUCAUUGAUUUCCCUCCCGUCCUUCAGCUUCAGCUGAAACGGUUUGAAUAUGAUUUUAUGAGGGACACUAUGGUGAAGAUUAAUGAUCGUUAUGAGUUUCCUGUGCAACUUGAUCUUGAUCGAGAAAAUGGAAAAUACUUGUCACCAGAUGCUGAUAGGAGAGUUCGAAACCUCUACACACUUCACAGUGUUCUAGUCCAUAGUGGUGGUGUCCAUGGUGGACAUUAUUAUGCCUUUAUACGACCAACUCUUUCUGACCAGUGGUAUAAAUUUGAUGACGAACGGGUGACAAAAGAAGAUAUUAAGAGGGCUUUGGAGGAGCAAUAUGGUGGUGAAGAAGAGUUACCACAGACAAACCCAGGAUUCAAUAAUACACCUUUUAAAUUCACUAAGUAUUCAAAUGCGUACAUGUUGGUGUACAUACGUGAAAGUGACAAGGAGAAAGUAAUUUGUAAUGUGGAUGAGAAGGACAUUGCUGAACAUCUCAGGGAAAGAUUGAAAAGAGAGCAAGAAGAAAAAGAGAUCAAGAAGAAAGAAAAAGCUGAGGCUCACCUUUAUACCAUCAUCAAGGUUGCACGAGAUGAAGAUCUUGUGGAGCAAAUUGGAAGAGAUAUAUAUUUUGAUCUUGUGGAUCAUGACAAAGUUAGGAGCUUUCGUAUUCAGAAGCAGAUGCCUUUUAACCUUUUUAAGGAGGAGGUUGCUAAAGAGUUUGGCAUACCUGUGCAAUUUCAGCGGUUUUGGCUAUGGGCAAAGCGCCAAAACCAUACAUAUCGACCCAAUCGACCUUUGACACAUCUAGAGGAAACACAAACAGUUGGACAGUUGAGGGAGGUAUCCAAUAAGGUUCACAAUGCAGAACUGAAGUUAUUUUUAGAAGUGGAGUUUGGACUGGAUUUAAGGCCUAUUCCUCCACCUGAUAAGACAAAAGAUGAUAUUUUACUUUUUUUCAAGCUUUAUGAUCCUGAGAAAGAAGAGCUACGUUAUGUUGGAAGGCUUUUUGUAAAGGCUAUGGGUAAGCCAACAGAAAUUUUAACAAAUCUAAAUGAAAUGGCUGGCUAUGCCCCUGAUGAAGAGAUUGACCUUUAUGAGGAGAUAAAGUUUGAACCACAAGUCAUGUGUGAACCCAUUGACAGGAAAUUCACAUUUCGGUCAAGCCAGCUUGAAGAUGGUGAUAUUGUUUGUUUCCAAAAAUCUCUUCCAGUUGACGUUGGUGAUCGAUUCCGCUACCCUGAUGUCCCCUCAUUCUUAGAAUAUGUGCGCAAUCGCCAGGUUGUUCACUUCCGAGCCCUUGAAAAGCCCAAGGAGGAUGAUUUCUGUUUAGAGUUGUCAAAGCUUCAUACAUAUGAUGAUGUUGUUGAACGGGUAGCUCGCCAGCUUGGUUUGGAUGAUCCAUCCAAAAUCAGGCUUACCUCUCAUAACUGUUACUCGCAGCAACCCAAACCCCAGCCCAUUAAGUACCGUGGGGUGGACCAUUUGUCAGAUAUGCUGGUUCACUACAAUCAGACUUCUGAUAUAUUGUACUAUGAAGUAUUGGACAUACCACUGCCAGAGUUGCAAGGCCUGAAGACUCUUAAAGUAACUUUUCACCAUGCUACAAAAGAUGAAGUGUCCAUUCACACUAUUAGACUGCCAAAACAAAGCACUGUGGGUGAUGUUAUUAAUGAACUUAAGACCAAGGUUGAAUUGUCUCACCCGAGUGCAGAACUCAGACUACUUGAAGUUUUCUACCAUAAGAUUUAUAAGAUCUUUCCUUCCAGUGAAAAAAUUGAGAACAUAAACGAUCAGUAUUGGACCCUACGAGCAGAAGAGAUUCCGGAAGAAGAGAAAAAUCUCAGUCCUCAUGAUCGCUUGAUUCAUGUAUAUCACUUCACAAAAGAGACCGCUCAGAAUCAGAUGCAGCAGAUUCAAAACUUUGGAGAACCAUUUUUCUUGGUCAUACAUGAAGGUGAGACUUUAGCUGAGGUGAAAGAGCGAAUACAGAAGAAGCUGCAAGUUCCAGAUGAGGAAUUUGUUAAGUGGAAAUUUGCAUUUCUUUCUCUAGGUCGACCAGAGUAUCUUCAGGACUCUGACAUAGUCUCCAGUCGCUUUCAGAGAAGAGAUGUUUAUGGUGCUUGGGAGCAGUAUCUUGGACUGGAGCACUCUGACAAUGCUCCUAAAAGGGCUUAUGCAGCUAAUCAGAACCGGCACGCAUUCGAAAAGCCAGUGAAAAUCUACAACUAAAUGAAUGCAUUGAUGUUUUGCAAUAUGCUCAACCUGUUUAAUCACCAAGUCCUUUGUUGCAAUACAAGAGCUGGAAAAUAGUUAAGAAGAACAGAUGUUUUGGAAGCACAAUAGGAAAAGGCGGGAUGCCUGGGUGUCGACUUUGGUAGGUAUGUAAUUUCCUCUGAUGCCCAGGGCAUGAGUUAUCCAAAAUGUACCGUGUAUCUUCUUGUAUCGAACAACCAUGAGUUCUACAACUUCCUGUUAGUUCACCGGUGAUUGGUUGGCGGCCGUGCGUCCUCAGUUUAGUUAGUGUACUUGUGGGCGGUACAGAAACAAAGAUUUUGAACUAGGGAAUGUAUACGAAAUACAGUUGGGGGUGGGUUGCCAUUUUUCUCCUGGUUCAUAUGUUUGGGAAAUGGGGUUUGCUUAAUGGUUUUGCCCUUUUUUUCUGGGGCAUCCUUUUAGGAUUUUGUGCAAAGUUGAAAACUCUCCAACCUGUGGUUAGAAAGAAGGGACUGCAGAUUCUGAUUCUUAUGAUAGGCGGCGGCGGCGGUAAAGGGUGGUGUCAUAAUUUUUUAUUUCAGUGAUGAUCUGAUCUCUUUGGAAGUCUUCUGAACUCCUCCUCAUUGCAGGCUUUUUCCAUUCUACCAAAAGAAGAGAUCAUUGAACAGUCGAUUGUUUUGUUAAUUUGUUUAUAUUUUGGAAGUUGGAACCCAGUAUUUGCAGGAAGAGCCUGUGCUUGUAGCUUCAACACAAAUUUGGUGCAAUUUAAUAAAAGGCAGAGCUGAUGGGGUAA